AUGUCCUCUUUUAUUCUGAUCGUGUUUCCCUACGAAAUACUAUUCCGACGGAAACCUUCGAAAUCUGUGGAGACCAAUACCAAUACUCGGGAAGUAUCCGGACUGCCAGAUCAUCUCCAAAACGUGUUCGAAGACGGACGGCCAGUUCCCAGUCCCCUUGCCCGCUAUGGAGCUACGGAACUGGAGCAGCGUAAUGUGCCGGUCGAAUAG